UCAGUCCACAACAAAGAGAAGAGGCUAGGUACCUUGCUUGCAUGGCAAGGCAUAUUGAAAAAUGGACGGUAACAAAGUGGCUUUGUAGGUGGAUGGGGUGGCUAAUUUAUAGGAGGCUGAACUACCAGCCAGGAAAGCAAAAUGGAAUGUUCCGCUGAAGUUAUCGAAGCAGUGUUUUGAAUCUACUCCAUCACAUAAAUCCAUCACUAUAUUCAUCACAUCUAUAUUUACAUGUUAUUUCAUGUUUUCCUUUAUGCCUUUUCUUUUUCGUUAAUGAACUUACUAAAAUGGAACAGGAGUAGCAGAGUACCAUAGGAGAUAAUGAGACUGUUUUCCCUUGAGGAGAGUGUAUAGGAAGAAGUCAGUCAACAGUAUUUAAGUGACUUUGAGAAUCAGUGUGCAGGUGAAACAUGAAUUUCCGUGCUUUAAAGCUCUGAGGUGCAGUGGUCAACUCUCAGGCCAUUUUGUUUUAAUAUAAAUCCGACAUACAUAGUUGGAUACAUACUUCAGUAUUAAUGCACAGUUCUUACAUGAUCCACACGCUCAUCUCCGCACAUGGGCCUCCUGCCUGAAUGCCAGCUAACUCCGGACAGAUACUGAAACUAAAAGGAAACUCUCACUGGCUGAUAUUCUACUCCUGCUUCUGUUUUACUAGGGCCAAAAUGACCGCAUGCCCUCUGGCAGAGGCAGUGUCCCUCAGCUGGAGAUGUCCAGCAGCGCAGACCUGGUGCCUGGGAGCAGCUGCGUGCAACGUUUCAAUUCAUCUGCUGUGGAAUUAUCUCGGACUAGCUUUGCCUUCAGUCUUCCUAGUAACUCUGAGUUCAUCCGCCUACAGAAGUGGUGGGAGAAGCUCAGUUUCUGCAGCUGGAACCAGUCAGGCUGAUGUACCUCGCCCUGCCCUGCGGACAAAUUUCGCUGCAGGCCUGGGGUGCGCCACGGCCAUGCCCUGGGGGCAAGCACAACCGCUCAGCCCCGCAGAGCUCUUUCCACCCUCACAGGGAAGGCUGGUGGCGGGGCCUGCUCCGUUCCGCGGACGGGGCAACUCGGGGCCGUGUUUACCACGGAGCCGCCCGUAUGGAGGUCUGCCACCGGGCCCCCACCCCCGCCUGUUUCGGCCCCGCUCCCUCUGCCGUCCACCCCCGGCCCUUCCUCCUCGUGUCUCCCCGGUGCUCCCGUUCGGAGCCUCUCGUCCCCACUCACGCUGUUCCUGCGGCGGAGGCGGGCUGGGCGCUGUGAGGAGCGGGGCCGAGGCCGGAUCCCGUCACAGCCCCCGGCCCCGCGCAGGGGGAGCGGCCUGUGGGGAGGCGGCCUGCAGCUGCCCGCGGGAACGUUGGGCUCUUCGCCCUCCGAGGGAAGUGUGUCUGGGGAACUCGGCGCUGUUUCGAAACAGAACGAGCAGCUGCGGGGCGAAGUUCGCCUCACGCGCCCUCAGAAGUUGUACUGAAAUGGAAAUCCUCACAAUCAAUUCAGUUGCAAGAUUUUUGUGUUUUUUCCUUUCUGCUCCACUUGUGGUUGCAUGCAUUAUUACUGUGGUUGCUUAUAUCAUUACAGAGGUAAGAAUUCCCACUUCUUUUGAACUUCAGUGUUCCUGUAAUUAUGUGCCAAUUGAUGUUUCAUGUUAUAUUAAGUGUUUUAAUAGUAUUAAUACACUAUGGUUAUGGUUGCAAAUAUGGAUUUGAAGCUUGGUUUGAUGGUGAUGGGAUCC